UUUGUCAAUGCUUGCUUGGAUUUAAUUUUCGGGAUAGCUUUUGACAAAAGGCAUCUGGCAACCUUUGGGCUCAGCAAACUCGGACAUGAUAGCAUGUGUGCUUUCUUCCUUCUUGACUGAAAAAAAAAGCGAACAACAAAAACCUCCAAGACCAAACCCUCGGCUUGUUUUGGAGUGCUGUCACUGCUCUGUAGCGACAGGAUAAUGGCUACUUCCUGAUUAAACCCCUCUCCACAAUAUGGAGUCUGGAGAGCGGUUAACGUCAUCGUCAGCCUCCUCUACUGCAGCUGCUUCCACUCCAGCAUCUUCUGCCCCGUCGGUAACUUCAGAAGUGUCGAAAGGUGGCCUUUCCACCGGAGCCACGACACUGAGCUCCACAAUCAACACAUGUGAAUGGUGGCGAACAGCAGACAUGCACUCUCGUCCUGGGGCAGCUUUUUUCCCACCACUCCUGGGAAUUCCCACACUGUUUGCUCCUCCUGCACAGAAUCAUGAUUCUGCUUCAUUCCACUCAAGAGCUACAGGAAAAAGUAGUCGGAGCAAUACAGACAAAGGUAUAAAUGGAUCACUGAAUGGCAACAGUACCACUGCAAUCUCAGCUCUCAGCACAUCCAUGCUCUCCACUAGCAUUGCAACAUUGGCAGGACCAGUGAAAACUGUAACCUCAGGAGCUGGAGGACGCAAAUACAACCAGGAGCAAAGCAAAGUUCAGCUUUUGGACACCAGGGUUGACAAAAUCAAAGAUAAGAAGCCCAGGAAAAAAGCAGUGGAAAGCUCUAGUAACAGCGACAGUGAUUCAGGCUCCUCAUCAGACACCUCAAGUGAAGGUGUCAGUAGUAGUGACUCUGAUGACCUAGAGGAGGAUGAAGAGGAGGAGGAGGAGGAGGACCAGAGUGCUGAAGAGAGUGAAGAUGAUGAAUCUGAUUCCGAAAAUGAAGCGCAUCACAAAAGCAAGAACAAGGUGCUAAUGCCUAGUGGUGUAACAGAUACAAAAACCGAUGGACAGAAAUCGCAGGAAAAGUCUCAAGAAAAAAGAACACACCAGCAGAUACCUCUUGUGUCUGAUUCCCAGACUCACUCAUCAUUCCAGUCCCAGCAGAAGCAGCCUCAGGUUUUGUCACAGCAGCUUCCGUUUAUUUUUCAAAGCUCUCAGGCAAAGGAGGAAUCUGUGAACAAACACACAAGUGUAAUACAGUCUACGGGAUUGGUUCCUAAUGUGAAACCUUUGUCUUUGGUACAUGAAGCCAAAAAGGAGACCUGUUUAAAACUCAUAGUUCCUUCCCCUGAUCUACUCAAAGCAGGGAAUAAAAAUACCUCUGAAGAAUCUACCACUUUGACCAGCGAUGUUAGAUCUAAACGGGAACAAUAUAAACAGACAUUCCCAGCAGCACAGCUAAAGAAACAGGAAUCGUCUAGGAGCCUGAAGAAAGUUAUUGCAGCUUUGUCAAGCCCCAAACCAACAUCUAGUUCACCAGCUCAUCAAAAACUCACAUCCUUGGAAAAUAACCAUUCUAACCCAUUCCUGACAAAUGCACUUUUAGGUAAUCACCAACCCAAUGGAGUUAUUCAGAGUGUCAUCCAGGAGGCUCCUCUUGCACUCACUACGAAACCGAAACCCCAGACCAAGAUCAAUGAAAGUGUAGCCAUUUCUAGUAGCGCCCCCUUUUCUUUGCCAAUAAACUUGAGUGCAUGUGGGAAAAAGACAACUGGUAACCGGACAGCUGUUAUGCCCUCUACCUCUCCUGUGUUACCUGGUUCAGGAAAGGAUAAAGCAGCCAGCAAUAAUGCAGUAAUCGCAGUAAAACCCCAACACCGCCUUCAUUCUGCAAAACUGGUGGUGGAGCACUUCAGAGGGGUAGACUCAGAUGCCCCCAGCAGUAAAGACUCUGACGACUCAAAUGAUGAUGACGACGAUGAUGAAGAUGAAGAUGAGGAUGAUGAAGAAGAUGAUUCUGAUGAUAGCCAAUCAGAGUCUGACAGUAAUUCUGAGUCAGAUACAGAAGGGUCUGAGGAAGAUGAUGAGGACGAUAAAGACCAAGAUGAAUCGGAUACCGACACUGAGGGAGAAAAAACCCCGCUGAAACUGAAUAAAACUUCAUCCUCUGUGAAGGGCUCUUCCAGUGGUCUUACAGCUCAUUCCACCCCUCUUAAUCUCCAAGUAGCAAAGACGUCGAGCUCGGCCCCAGCUGCCUUAUGUCCUGAGUCCCAGCCUGCAGUGUUCCUCGGGACGGGAGCCUCCACCCUCACGCCAAGUACACACUGUGGUAUUUCAAAAAGACGAAGAGUAGCAGAUGAACGGGAGCUGCGUGUUCCUCUCAGUUAUGGAAUUCUUAAAUUGACACAAAUUACUUGUUUUUUAAAAAGUGUAUUGUUGUAUGCAACUAUUUCAUGUUACUCUAGCUGGCAAAGAGAAACCCGAAUAAGAAACUUCGGUGGUCGUCUUCAAGGAGAAGUAGCAUAUUUUGCACCUUGUGGAAAGAAGCUGAGGCAGUAUCCUGAAGUAGUAAAGUAUCUCAGCAGAAAUGGAAUAAUGGAUAUCUCAAGGGACAAUUUCAGCUUCAGUGCAAAAAUAGGAGUGGGUGACUUCUAUGAAGCCAGAGAUGGACCGCAGGGUGUGCAGUGGUGUCUUCUGAAGGAAGAGGAAGUCAUUCCCCGCAUCAGAGCUAUGGAAGGGCGUAGAGGACGCCCCCCAAAUCCAGAGAGACAGCACUCCAGAGAGGAGUCAAGGACCAGACGCCGCAAAGGCCGACCUCCCAAUGUUGGAAGCGGUGAAUUUCUGGACAGCACUGACACAAAGCUUUUGAGAAAGCUUCAGGCUCAAGAAAUAGCUAGGCAAGCAGCACAGAUAAAGCUACUGAGAAAGCUUCAGAAGCAGGAACAAGCACGAGCUGCCAAAGAAGCAAAAAAACAGCAAGCUAUUAUGGCAGCUGAAGAAAAGCGAAAGCAAAAGGAGCAGAUAAAGAUAAUGAAGCAACAGGAAAAAAUUAAGCGAAUCCAGCAAAUUAGAAUGGAGAAAGAACUUCGAGCUCAGCAAAUUUUAGAGGCAAAAAAGAAAAAGAAGGAAGAAGCAGCAAAUGCCAAAUUACUGGAAGCGGAAAAGCGAAUAAAGGAGAAAGAGAUGAGAAGGCAGCAGGCUGUUCUUCUGAAGCACCAGGAGUUGGAGAGGCAUAGACUAGAUAUGGUAUGGGAACGAGAACGGAGAAGACAACAUAUGAUGCUUAUGAAAGCCAUGGAAGCACGUAAAAAAGCAGAAGAGAAAGAGCGGCUGAAGCAAGAAAAACGUGAUGAAAAAAGAUUAAAUAAAGAACGUAAACUGGAACAGCGAAGAUUGGAAUUAGAAAUGGCAAAGGAGCUAAAGAAGCCUAAUGAAGAUAUGUGCUUAGCAGACCAGAAGCCUUUCCCAGAGCUGCCUCGCAUCCCAGGCCUCGUUCUUGAUGGAAGCACGUUUUCGGAUUGUCUUAUGGUAGUGCAGUUCCUGCGUAACUUCGGUAAAGUUCUUGGCUUUGAUGUGACCAUAGAUGUUCCCUCCCUGAGUGUUCUUCAAGAGGGUUUGCUCAACAUAGGGGACAGCAUGGGAGAAGUACAGGACUUGCUUGUGAAACUUGUCUCUGCAGCUGUGUGCGAUCCUGGACUUGGUACAGGAUACAAGGCUAAAACUAUUCUUGGGGAACACUUACUGAAUGUUGGUAUCAAUCGAGAUAAUGUGUCUGAGAUUCUGCAGAUUUUCAUGGAGGCUCAUUGUGGGCAAACAGAGUUGACAGAGAGCUUGAAGACAAAAGCUUUUCAGGCACAUUCUCCAGCACAGAAAGCAUCAGUACUUGGUUUUCUGGUCAAUGAGUUAGCAUGCAGCAAAAGUGUAGUAAGUGAAAUUGAUAAAAACAUUGAUUAUAUGUCAAACUUAAGGAGAGAUAAAUGGAUGGUUGAAGGCAAACUUCGGAAGCUCAGAAUCAUUCAUGCCAAGAAAACUGGUAAAAGAGAUGCUGCGGGGACUGGGGAUGGAGGUGAAGAACCCCAUUCCUUGGAGACACCUGCACCUGGCCGCAAGCGCCGGCGGAAGGGAGGGGACAGUGACUAUGACGAUGAUGAUGAUGACGACAGCGAUGAUCAGGCAGAUGAGGAAGAUGAGGAUGAAGAGGACAAAGAUGAUAAAAAAGGAAAGAAGGCAGAAGUUUGUGAGGAUGAGGAUGAUGGGGACCAGACAGCAAGUGUUGAAGAACUAGAGAAGCAGAUUGAAAAGCUGACAAAGCAACAAAGCCAGUACAGAAAGAAGUUAUUUGAAGCUUCGCACUGUUUGCGUUCAAUGAUGUUUGGUCAGGACCGUUACAGGCGCCGGUACUGGAUCCUGCCCCAGUGUGGUGGUAUUUUUGUAGAAGGCAUGGAAAGUGGUGAAGGUCUAGAAGAAAUUGCAAAAGAAAAAGAGAAGUUAAAAAAGGAAGAAAGUAUGCAUAUAAAAGAAGAAGAUUUUGAAAUGGAAGAAAAAUUACAUUGCUUAGCUACAACUCACUGUGAGCAAAAGGAAAAUCUGAAAGAAAAGGACAGCACUAACCUGUUUUUGCAAAAGCCUGGGUCAUUUUCAAAAUUAAGCAAACUGUUAGAGGUAGCAAAAAUGCCACCUGAGUCUGACAAUAUGUCCCCAAAACCCAAUGGCAGUGCAGCAAAUGGCUGCACAUUGUCUUACCCAAGUAACUCAAAAAGUGCUCUCUGCAGUCUGCAACCCCCUGCAUCACAAAGCUCCAUCGAGAAGUCUGAUUCUAAUAAUCUUUUCAGUCCUAGUGCCAGUGGGACAGGAAAGUUUUAUAGUUCUCCACUAAUUCCAAAUGAUCAAUUGUUAAAGACUCUUACUGAGAAGAGCAGGCAGUGGUUCAGCCUGUUACCACGGGUGCCCUGUGAUGACACCUCGGUGACCCACGUGGACACACCGUCUACUACAGCUCCACUCACUCCUCAGUCACACUCACCAUCAAAGUCACCGUCACCUGUUCCAUCUCCUCUUCUGGGCUCAACCUCUGCACAGAGUCCCAUGGGAUUAAGUCCUUUUGCAUUGUCACCGCUGCAGCAGAUGAAGACAGGACUACCUAUAAUGGGACUUCAGUUUUGUGGAUGGUCUACAGGAGUUCUUACUUCAAAUGUUCCAUUUCCAUCUCCUUUACCUGCUCUUGGAUCAGGGCUGGGAUUAUCAGAAGUCAAUGGUAACACAUUCUUGGCAUCUAGUGCUCCUACAAGUAAAAGUGAAUCACCAGCACUACAAGCUGAAAAAAUAGCUUCUGCCCCUUCUACAGCAGCUGAAGUAGCCAAGCCUGUAGAUUAUCCUAACCCAAAGCCUAUACCAGAAGAAAUGCAGUAUGGGUGGUGGAGGAUUACUGAUCCAGAGGACCUAAAAUCUUUGCUUAAAGUGCUGCAUCUCAGGGGAAUAAGAGAAAAGGCCUUACAAAAGCAAAUACAGAAACACAUGGAUUAUAUCACCCUGGCUUGCAUCAAAAACAAGGAUGUUGCAAUUAUUGAUAUCAAUGAAAAUGAAGAUAACCAGGUAACUCGGGAUGUUGUGAAAAACUGGUCAGUAGAAGAACAAGCUAUGGAGAUGGAUCUUGCUAUUCUUCAGCAGGUGGAAGAUCUAGAGAGGAGAGUUGCAUCAGCUAGUUUACAAGUUAAGGGUUGGCUGUGUCCUGAACCUGCAUCAGAGAGAGACGACUUGGUAUAUCGUGAACAUAAAUCAAUUACUAGAUUGCACAAGAAGCACGAUGGAGAUUGUGCUGGAGGCGGAGAAGGCAAUGCCAGCUCUCUAGAGCGGAGGAGUGACAACCCUCUAGAUAUAGCUGUAACCAGGCUCGCUGACUUGGAGCGGAACAUAGAGCGAAGGUAUCUGAAGAGCCCCUUAAGUACCACCAUUCAGAUCAAACUGGAUAAUGUGGGCACAGUUACUGUCCCUGCUCCUGCACCAUCUAUUAGUGGUGAUGGUGACGGAACUGAAGAGGAUAUUGCUCCGGGGUUAAAGGUGUGGAGAAGGGCACUGUCAGAAGCGCGCAGUGCUGCCCAGGUAGCUUUGUGCAUUCAGCAGUUACAGAAAUCAAUAGCAUGGGAAAAAUCCAUUAUGAAAGUUUACUGCCAAAUUUGUCGAAAAGGAGAUAAUGAGGAACUGCUGCUCCUUUGUGAUGGUUGUGAUAAAGGCUGUCACACCUACUGCCACAGACCCAAGAUCAGCACAAUCCCAGAUGGGGACUGGUUCUGUCCUGCCUGCAUAGCAAAGGCAAGUGGUCAAACCCUAAAGAUAAAAAAGCUUCAAAUUAAAGGUAAAAAAAGUAAUGAACAAAAGAGAAGUAGGAAAUUAACAGGAGAAACAGAGGAUGAAGACUCUGCAACUACAAGUAUUGCCUUAAAAAGAGGAAAAACAGACCCCAAAAAAAGAAAAAUUGAUGAAAAUGUUUGUGUAAGCCAGUUAAAGCAAGAAAAUUGCACUGCUGUUAAGAAACCUAAGAGAGAUGGAGACUCCAGCUCCAAGGAUUUGGCUAUAUGCAGCAUGAUUCUCUCAGAAUUGGAAACUCAUGAAGAUGCCUGGCCUUUCUUACUUCCUGUAAACUUGAAACUUGUCCCCGGUUAUAAGAAAGUUAUUAAAAAACCUAUGGACUUUUCUACCAUUAGAGACAAGCUAAGUAGUGGACAGUACCCUAAUCUUGAAGCAUUUUCGCUGGAUGUCAGGCUUGUUUUCGACAACUGUGAAACUUUCAAUGAAGAUGAUUCUGACAUUGGCAGGGCUGGCCACAACAUGAGGAAGUAUUUUGAAAAAAAAUGGACAGAGAUUUUCAAAGUGAGCUGAAGCUACUAGAACUCUUUUUUUUUUUUUUUUUUUUUUUUUUUUUUUCUUUUUUCCAUUAAAUGAGGACUGAUAAGACCAGCAAUGUGAACUGUAUUUACGUGGAAGUGCAAGGCACAUACGCAACUAAUUUUUUCCUUUGAAAUGUCACAGAGUUGUGAUACUAGUUUUAAAGGCUUCACUCCUACAGCAACCAUGGCCCCUUGGUUAUUGGUUUGUGUGUUUUAACAAACUAAUUUAGGUAGAACAGGGAAGCACACCCAAAGAAUUUCAAAGAAAGGGGUGUUAUAGUGCAAUAGCAAUUUAUCAAAACGCACUGAAUAUUCAACCACCAGAGCUCUGCUUGGGGAAAUGGUUCUCUUUUCCCUUUCAAUAAAUAUCUAUUUUUCUUUCUUUCUUUCUCUCUUUUUUUUUUUUUUUUUUACUUUGUAGUUUAUUUUUUAGUGAAUGUAUUUAAUUUUAUGAAUUAUUUAUGAUUAUACAGCAUUCAAAAUCUUCGUUUUCUAUGAAAAGGAAGAACUAGAAAAUUGCUUUAAAUGUUGAAAAUACAACAAGGAAUGUUUUAAAAUAUAAAACAAAGCCAAGUAAAACUGUUUACACUGAUGUGCUGUGAAGGCACUAAAAAUUAAACUUUACUGUAGAGUUACAAGUACAUUUAUAUAUAUGUUGCUGCAUCACUUGUGUAGUUAAAUUGUAUUUCAAGACAGUGAAGAAAAAUUGAGACAUGUAUAUACUGUUCAUUAUUGUUUAUAUUAAGUCUUGUUUUAAAUAUGUAUGAUGUGUACAUAUUGUUUGCAGACAUUAUUGUUUAUGCCUUAGGAGGAUGGUAGCAUUUUAUUUUAGUCUUAAGGUAAUUACAGCUCUAUGGCUUGUACAGUAAUUAUCCUCUACCAACACUGUGGAGUCUCCUUAAUCUUGGUAGUGCCUGCCUUUAAAACAGGGUGUAGGGGAUAUUAGUUUUCCAUUUUUCUAUUUUGUUAUAUGAUUUCAAGUCCCCACGGCCUCAAAUUCAAGUAUAAUCAUUUGUAUCCAUGUGGAAGAAAAUUGUGACAAUUUCCUACGCACACAGUAUUUUUUCAUAGAAACAUUUCCCUCCAUUUGCCUUGCCACAGAAUAACAAAAGAAGACAUUUGUAACCACUGUGUUUUAUCUACUGUGUGUUGUGGUGGCCUGUUGGGGCAGAUAGAUCGGAAUUUUUUUUGUACUAAUGUAAGAGUACUUGAAGUUUUAUUUAAAAGAAAUGUUGUGGAAAGGUAGCAUUCUUUUUCUUUUCCUUUUAUAGGAGUGUUAUUUUUCACUAGUAUGUGUGGCACGGAUACAAUAAAAGACUGUUUUGCAAACCAGA